CAUCAUUUGUCUGUCUCACUCUCAAGUCAUGAGCUGUGGUGACGAUGUGGUUCCUCCUCCUGCUUCUCCACCUUGCUCACAUUGAGCUGGUGAUCUCACAAGCUGAGGACAAACUGAUUCUAAAAAACAAAGGAGGCUACCCAUGUGAAGGCUACCUUGAAGUCUACCAUAACAACACAUGGGGUUAUGUUGGGGAUACACGCUGGGACAGGAACACUGAAAAAGUGGUUUGUAAGAGCACUCACUGUGGGGAACCUGUGGAGAACUCAGUAAUAGAUACUGUUAAGCCUUCUGAAGACAGACCGAUCUGGCUCAAUGAACUGAAGUGUGAAGGAGACGAGAGCGCUCUGUGGAAAUGUAAACAUCCUGGUUGGAAGUCCAGCUAUUACUCAAAGUUCACAGUGAAAAAACUUAAGUGUUCAAGUAAUAUCACAUUGAGCCUGGAUAGACACAAAUGUGCUGGAGCUGUCAAGUACUCCAUUGAUGGCAAACCUGAGGGUUACUUUUGUAACAACAUCAUUGGUGAAAAAGAAGCCAGGCUUCUGUGUAAAAAUCUCGGGUGUGGUGGACUCAGAGAAAUUCCUCCCUCAGAGAGUAUGGUUAGUGAUAAUUUCAGGGACUCAUCAAAGAUGAAGAUCGAUUGUUCAGCCUUUAAAAACGCAGAUCCAGAUCAUCUGUGGCAGUGUGUGAAUGGCAAACAGGACAAUUCAGCAUCAUGCAAACCUGUUUCUGUCAUAUGUGAAGCUGGAAAAAGAAGAAAAUAACAACUGGGUACCUGUUCAACAGGACAACUUUGAUUUUGAUGUGUGCCAGCAAAUGCACUGCGGUAACUCUCUCAGCCCAAACAACAGCACAAACAAAAACCUUAAUGUGACAUGCACAGAUAAAGUUAAAGUAGUUCUGAAGCACUCUGGUAAAGACAGCAAGUGCUAUGGUACAGUUAAUAUUGAAGUAAAUGGUUCAGUUAAUCCUGUGUGUGCCUCCACCUGGAC